AUGGAGGAGAAACUCCGCGCCAUACAACUCGAAGACCCCCGACUACCUCCCAAAUGGGUCGCCGCCAUGGGUGUGCCAUUCCUCGACGAGAGCCCCAUGAUCGGUCCUGCGCCUUGGUCUGCCAAGCACUUCCAGCAGCCGCGACUUCGACGUUGCACCAUGGAUCCGAGCACUCUGGCCUGGGAGGCCGAGCUCGGUGGAGGACUGGACGGUUAUGUCUGGAAGGUCUGGUUUGGAGACGCGGGUCCGUUUGCCCUGAAGCUGUUUUGGGAUAACCCGCCCGACUUUUUUCACUACUUUGCCGCCCAGCGCGAGUGCCAUAACGCCGCCAUCUUGCAGAUGAUUGAGGCGUCCAUGGCACAAGCGGCCGCCGAUUCGAGAACCAUCCACGUCCAUGCCAAUCCUCAAACCCAGAAUGACGCUCUGGACAACCAAUUCGCCUUCUCCGACGAGAACUUGGCUCAGUCCAGCCAAGGCGGCUCCAAGCCGGCCUCCCUCUCGACUAUCGACCCAGAGAGCCCCAAUAGCGUGCCCAUCACAUCCAUUCCCCGCCUCAAGGAGUGCUACGGCUGGAUGAAGCUCCCCGGUGAGAUGUUCCACGACUUGCCCAUGGACCUACGCGUUCAACCUUACACCGUCUCAAAGAUUAAGAGAUCGGUCGAUUCCGGGGAGGAAUACAUUGCCGUCAUUUACGAGUACAUCGAGGAAGGCGAGAACGACCCAUCCGUCGUUGAAGAAGUCGACCGGUUCUUUUGGCUCACCGGCUUCUGUCACACAGUAUCGCCAGCGUCCAGUAACUGGAAGAGCGGAGUGUUGAUAGACCUCGCAGACAUGGUUGAUGCUGACGGUUUUGGAUGGGAUCCAACGCUGUACGGGCCGUGGAAGGCAUCCUGGAUACUAAAAGAAUGA